CCUCUUUGUCUGCGACUGACUUCAAUUCGUUUCUUAGCGUCUUCUUCUUCUUCUUCUUCUUCUUCGUCUUUCUCUGGAUUCGUCACCGUUGUCCUCCAAGACAAGCUUCAUCAUCAUUCUCGUCGUCUUUACAUCUUCUUCUACAGUUUUGUCGGAGGCUUUGUAAGUUCAUUUUUUAUAAUUACUUUGAAUUAUAUGCUGUUACUAAUUUCAAUGCCUGCUAUUAUGAGCGUUUAGGGUUUGAAUUUAGUUUCAAUUGAUUGUGUUGAUAUUAUAUUUUUAGUGGAUACCAGUUUACUCUUAGGGUCCAUUGGUUCGAAGGGUUGGCUAUAUUUUCAAUAUAUUGGGAAUUGGAUCGGAAUAUUCGUUACUAUAUUUCGUUAACCGGAUGUUUGGUUAUUCAUUGAAAGUCUUUUCUUUUGAUUCGGUUGGGUUCGAUUUUGUUGCAAACAAUCGAAAUAUGUUCUGCUAAUCCGAAGUUCACUGUUCCAAAUCUUUGCAUGACUCACAAAUAUCUGAAAAUUUGCAAGUAACACCACGCCCAUUGCUCACCCCUAUCUACCCUUCAAUCUAAGAAAUGUGACUCAUUUCUUUUAGUUUUUAAUUUUUUUGUGUUUCUUUUAACUCACUGUAUUCAGGUUUCCAAGAGAAUGGACAGUAAAUGUAAAUUGCUAAUUUGAACAUUGAAAUGAGAUGCAAUGCCUGCUGGCAAGAAUUGGAAGGACGGGCCAUUACCACUACCUGUGGUCACCUCUUGUGUCCUGAAGAUGCAGGUAAGAUUCUCAGUAACAAUGGUGUUUGUCCCAUCUGUGAUCAGGUGCUCUCUAAAAGUCUCAUGAAACCUGUGGAUGUAAAUCCGAAUGAUGAAUGGGUUAAUAUGGCCAUGGCAGGAACAUCUCCACAGAUAACAAUGAAGAGCGCAUUAAGAAGUGUAAUGUUUUACAUUGGACAAAGGGAUUUAGAGAUGCAGGUUAAGAUCAAUAAGAUAGUAGCUCAGGGUCGGCAGAAAUGUGAGGCGAUGCAAGCAAAAUACACUGAGAAAUUGGAGCAAGUUUAUACUGCAUACCAGAAAAUGGCAAAGAGGUGCCAAAUGUUGGAGCAAGAGAUGGAGAAUCUAUCCAAAGAUAAGAGAGAACUACAAGAAAAGCUUUCCGAAAAAUGCAGGCAAAAGAGAAAGCUUGAUGAAAUGUAUGAUCAAGCACGAAAUGAAAUUGAUUCAUUGAAGAGAAUUGCAGUUCACCCUGCGGAUCAUUUCUUUUCAAGGCCCCAACUUGAUUUGUUCUUAAAUCCUGCCUCAGGAAGGGAUAACAGAGACAUUAGGACAGGGCACGGGGACAUCUGGUCCGAAAGGCCCGAUAUUUCCAACUCUGCAUUCCACAUGCCCAACAGCUCCCCUGGAAAACAGUCUGCAAUUCCAAUCGACACCACAAACCAUAUGCCAACUUCUCGCCCUUCAUUUGGCGUCGGUAAUGGAGGUGGAGUCAGCAAUAAUCCUUCAAUGACCCUAAGAAACCUCAUCUUUUCACCCAUAAAGAGACCACAGUCCUCCCGCAGUCGGGCUCCACUGUUCACGUUGUAGAUAGCACAGAGGUUUCCUGUCAUAUCCCUACACGAAUUAAUUGUAAGUAUCAUUCUCUAGCAACUGUUUUUUUUCCAGAGUUUGUCUGAAGAAGAUGACACAGCGCUCAUCACCUGUAGAUCAACUUACCCUAUGGUAAGAUAUAUUCACUAGCGUUCAUUACAGUUUGUUUGUAUCGAUAAACUUUGACUAGCUCAUGACUACUGUGCUCGAAGUUUAUGUGAAAAGUGAUAUAGUUAGUAGCAU